AUGUCUGUCAGUGCUGCUCUGACGUGUCACUUUUUGGGGAAGGCACUGGUCCAGCAGCGGUUUGCGGUGACGUUUGAAGCCCCGUUUGCAAAGCCAAAUGUUGGCGCAAGCGCCUGCGGGGGCUCCCGUCUGGGAAGGAGGCAGGGAGAGGGUCUCUGCCUGUUUCCACAGGACACCCAGGAGAAGGAAACUGUCACCCCUGAGAGAGCAGAAGAAGCAAAACUGAAAGCCAAGUACCCCAACCUAGGCCAGAAGCCUGGAGGCUCCGACUUCCUCAUGAAGAGACUGCAGAAAGGGCAAAAAUACUUCGAUUCUGGUGACUACAACAUGGCCAAGGCAAAGAUGAAGAACAAGCAGUUGCCAAGUGCGGGGCCAGACAAGAACCUGGUGACAGGAGACCACAUCCCGACGCCGCAGGACCUCCCGCAGAGAAAAUCCUCGCUUGUAACCAGCAAGCUGGCAGGGUAG